AUGAAGCGAAUAGCCGAGCUCUACGCCUACUCCGUGGACAAAUCCACAACAAUUUUCAACCUGAGGAAAAAGGAGGAAAUUGCCAGGAAGAAAAAGAGCGAAAUGAAUUGGCUGGACAAACUGUGCUCAGAAUAUGAAAAAACAAAAAAGGACACAUUUGAUUAUUUCACCGUUAAAAAAAGCGAAUGGAAAAAUAAACUGAACAACUCGAAAUUAUCUUCCUGCUUUAAGUGUGAGAACUCGAAGUAUGGACACCUCCCCUGGUACAAAAAGUUGUUCUACAUAUUAAAAGGGCAUGUCUACAAACUGUUGAACAUUGCCGAUGAGGAAAAAAACGCGGACGGAGGGAGAAACGACGAGGGAGGGAGAUACGAAGAUGGAGGAAGAUACGAAAAUGGAGGAAGAUACGAAGAGGGAGAGUUCCCUAGCAUUAGUCCCCAACCCAGUCAGCAAGAAAGAACAAUAACCCGAGAGUUCGUUAGCUACGAAAAUUUCGACUACAAACGUGUGCAGAAGACAAAGAAUGCGGAGGAUUCGCUGUUUAAUAAGUAUAAGGAAAGGUUCAGAAAGGCACGGGAUCCUGAGGCCUACUUAAGCGAGCGCAGCCAGUCCGAAUUGGUCAAGAGGAAUAUUUCUUCGAAUGGCCUCAUAGCCGUGCGUAGCAAUCAGAGUAUAGUGGAGGAGGGCGCGAGCCCCGAGCUGUGCGCUGCAAAUUCGCUCGCGCGGGAGGCGGCAAGGGGAGAAGUAGAAGCCGAAGUUGAAGCGAAAGCAGACGCGGACACGGCCAACCAAACCAUCGACACGGGAGAAGCUGACGGCAACACGAAGAACUUUCUCCACGUGGAGGACUCCCCUAAGUUUAAUAUAAAAAACACGUGGGAGAAACUGAGCGGGUACAUUUCGUAG